AUGGAUGGUUCGACGCUUUUUGAUGUUCGGGGCAAGAUCGUGCUCGUCACCGGCGGCGCCAAAGGCAUCGGACGGAUGAUCAGCGAGGGAUUCGUGCAGAACGGCGCAACCGUCUACAUAUCCUCGCGCGACGCAAAAGCAUGCGAGCAGGCGUGCAAAGAGCUCAACGCGCUCGGCAAGGGCAAAGCCGACUUUAUCGCCGCCGAUCUGUACAAAGAGGAAGAUCUGACGCGCAUUGCGGAUGAGCUGAAGAAGCGCGCUGGCAAACUCGACGUCCUCAUCAACAACAGCGGCAGCAACUGGGGCGAAUCCUACGACACCUACCCGUCAGCCGCCUGGGACCGCGUGCUGACCCUCAACCUCAAGCGCGUAUUCCAGCUCACCCAGGCCGUAACCCCCUUGCUCACCGCCGCCCAAUCCCCCCAGUCCCCCAGCCGCGUGAUCCACAUCGGCAGCGUCGACGGCCUGCGCGUCCCCGCGCUCGAGACCUUCGCAUACAGCGCCUCGAAAGCCGGCCUGCACCACAUGAGCCGCGUGCUGGCGAGCCACCUGGGCAAGCGGGGGAUCACGAGCAACACGAUUGCGUGCGGGCCGUUCCAAAGCAAGAUGAUGAAGGCGACGCUGGAGAAGUUCCAGGAGGUUAUCGAGAGCGGGAUCCCGUUGGGCCGGAUUGGCAGCCCGCAGGAUGUGGCGGGGACGUGUAUCUGGUUGAGUUCGAGGGCGGGGUCGUAUGUGAACGGGGCGACGAUUGCGUUGGACGGCGGUAGCGUCGUUGGCGCCAAGUUGUAA